AUUCAUCAUUGAUCCCUUUUCACUCACUGGUUUUGUUUUGUUUGCAGCCACUGCCUUGGAUAGGAAUCCCUCGGUCAGGGAGCUGUUCUCAGUUACUUGUGGACAACAUUGCUUUACCUUUCCAGGCCUGUCUGUGCCAUGAGCAUGAGAAACUACACCUCUGUGACAAAGUUCAUCCUGCUGGGAAUCUCGAACAGCGAAGGACUAGAGAACAUGCUCUUUGUCCUGUUCCUGGUCUUCUAUGUCUUCGCCUUGCUGGGGAACCUGCUUAUCUUCCUCACCAUCCUGGCUUCCCCCAACCUCCACACCCCCAUGUAUUUCUUCCUGGGGAACCUGGCAGUGUUUGACAUACUCUUCCCUUCUGUGAAUUCUCCUAAGAUGCUGGACUGCCUAGUGGGGCAGAGCCGCACCAUCUCAUACCAGGGCUGUGCCUCCCAGGUUUUCUUUUACCAUACACUGGGUGGCACUGAAUGCUUCCUCUAUACAGUGAUGGCCUAUGAUCGCUUUGUGGCUAUUUGUCACCCUAUGAGAUACACAGUCAUCAUGAACCACAGGCUGUGUACCCGCCUCACAGUGGGCACUUGGCUGGGGGGCUUUGUACAUGGGAGCAUCCUCACAUUUCUUAUCUUUAAGUUACCCUACUGUGGCCCCAAUGAGGUGGACAGUUUCUUCUGUGACAUCCCUGUGGUGUUGUCGCUGGCAUGUGCAGAGACCUCUCUAGCACAGACUGUGAGUUUUACCAAUGUGGGCGUUGUUGCACUCACGUGUUUUCUUCUCAUUCUUGCUUCUUACACUCGUAUUGUCAUUUCCAUCUUGAAGAUCCGUUCUUCGGAAGGCAGGCGCAGAGCCUUCUCCACCUGCAGUGCCCACCUGACAUCCAUCAUCUUGGUCUAUGGUCCUGUGAUUCUUGUUUAUCUCAGACCUGCUUCUAGUCCCUGGCUGGAUUCUGUUGUCCAGGUGUUUAACAAUGUUGUCACCCCUUCCUUGAAUCCUUUGAUUUACACCUUGAGGAACAAGGAUGUGAAAUUAGCCCUGAAGAAGGUGAUAACUCGAGUGGCCCAGCCUUUAGGGUUUAAGGAAUAGGAGAAAU